AUGCAAGUCCCUCCCUGGGAGUAUGUCAUAGGAGUCAUGCACGGCGGCGCUGCCGGGGUAAUCUUUGUCGUGAUCCUCAGCGUGAUCCUCAGCGUGAUCCUCAGCGUGAUCCUCAGCGUGAUCCUCAGCGUGAUCCUCAGCGUGAUCCUCAGCGUGAUCCUCAGCUUGAUCCUCAGCGUGAGCGACACCCAGGUUGGGGAUGAAAUCGACAUGGACAAACAUGACAUGAUCCCUCAUCGAUCAGAUCAUCAACUUCAAGACAAACCAAAAACCAAGAAAACCCCCUGA